AAAAUAUUGAUCUACGCUCUUCUAUUUCAUCUACACUGGUGGAGCGACGCAGGACAGCUUCAUAACAACCGCUCGCAUCUGUGUCAACAAUGAUCCUCUAUGUUGACGAAGCGAGCAACUUAGAUCCUUGGUGGCAAACUACCGCCUUGGCAAUUGUUGUCCUAGGAAUCGCGUACGCCUUCACGAGGAGGCGUUCUUUUCAACGAAAAGAUGGAAAGCAGUAUCCACCUUACGCUCCGAUUGGUUUGUUGCGGACAAUACUAUCGAUGAGUGGCCCCAGAGCACCAUCCUUUAUGUUAGAAAUGUCAAGAUUGCUGAAGUGUAGUGUCUUUCGCGUUCGGCUACCUAUCCCAGGAACCCCAAUGGUAGUGGCCGUCGGUGAGCCGAUCUUGACCAAAUUGAUUUUGACAGAGAGUAGAAUGAAACCAGCCUCCGUCUACAAGCCCUUUGAAUCAGUUACAAAGGGCCCUUCGAUUUUCACCGAAACUGACGAAACAACGUGGAAACACGCUCGCAAAGGCGUGGCCCCAGCGUUUUCGUCACAGCACAUACGGCGUAUGAACACAAUUUGCGCGGCACACACAGAGCGAUGGAUUCAAGAGCGCCUAGUCCCAUCCAUAGCUAACAACGCAGUCUUAGAUAUCGCAACCGAAAUGGUCGACUUAACUGUUACCGUCAUCUGUGAGUCGGCAUUUGAGUACAAUCCAUCGAAAGAAGAAAUGACGAUGUUUUUGAGCGAACUCGAUCUAGCUCUGCGAGAAUUUUCAUUCAAGCAAUCUGCCAAUCCGCUUCGGAAGUUUUUCAACGGGGUAUUGCCGAGCGCAAGGCGAGCCAAGGUGGCAUCAGAUCGGUUACAAAGGUUUGUGUUUAAGGUCAUGGAUCACUACCGUAGUCUCAAGCACCAUGAAACUGAAGAUACCGUGAUCGGGCGGAUAAUGAACAACGACAAGUACAAGAACGACGAGGCCCGAGCGGCGGACCUCUUAACUUUUCUGGUGGCAGGACAUGAUACAACCGGAUACUCUCUGGCGUGGAUCCUUCUACACCUAGCUCAGCACCCGCACGAGCAAAAAAUUCUUCGAGAGAAGCUUCAAGCAACACCUCGCGAAGAGUGGGCUCAGUCAGCGGGACUCCGGAGCGUUGUCCAGGAGGGCAUGCGGCUUUCUCCGGUUGCGGCAAUGGGAUCCGUCCGGCAACUCGCGGAAGAUAUCGUUUCACCAACAGAUCCUACGAUUGUACUCCCAAAAGGCGCGAUCGUGUUCCUUCCGCAAAUCUUGGCAUGUCGCAACCCUGAUGUGUUUGACUCACCAGAUGAGUUCCAACCUUCCCGAUGGGAUGAGCCCAGCGAGUUGCAGCGCGCCGCAAUCAUUCCUUUUUCUCUUGGUCCCCGGAACUGUGUCGGGCAGCGCUUAGCCGUUGCAGAGCUUCACUCUGUCAUUGCUAGUGUGUGUGCCAAGUACACGUUUACUGUCGAAGAUGAAGGGACGUCCGAUUACUUUUUAACGUACAAGCCCGUCGGCGCUUUGCUAAAGGCAACGCAUGUUCCCAACCAGUAG